UAAAGAGUAGGGCAGUUUGGGAAACGCAACGAAGAACCGGGGUAGAAGGGGAAGGGAUUCCUGAUCAGUCCGUUAUUACUUUAUUACCACUAUCUCUAUCUUUAUUACCACUAUCUUUAUUACCACUAUAACGCGAACUCGAAGAAGGGAUCAAACUCUGAAAAACCCUAAGCAUUUAUCUAAGCAUUUAUCCAUUAGCUUCUCUCUUCAAACCAGCCACAAUGAUGAGAAGGUUCUCUAAAUUGCUUCUACUCCCCGCGUCUACGAAAGGCGAUGUUGUAGGUGUGCCUCCUGUUUGCGGCGGCGGAGGCAGCGGAGGCGGCGGAGGCACUGUUGGUGGUACUGUUUGCGGCGGCGGAGGCAGCGGAGGCGGUGGAGGAACUGUUGGUGGUGUCCCAGCUGUUUGCGGCGGCGGAGGCAGCGGAGGCGGCGGAGGCGCUGUUCGUGGUGUGCUUGUUGUUUCAGCCGGUGGGGGAGGUGGAUCAGGUAGUGGUUGCGGCGGCGGAGGCAGCGGAGGCGGCGGAGACCGUUUUUGCGACUACGUGCCUCCGACUCUCAUUGAGCAAGUGGCAAGACUUGUGGUGGGCAGCCUCACCGUCGCGGUGAGUCUGGACUACUACUACGAUAAGGUGACCAGUCCAGAGACCACAGAAGUAGUUCAAAAAAUGAUUGAAAAGGCAGUUGUGGAGAUGAAAGAGACCGUGGAAGCCUCUCAUCAGAAGACGGUAGCUUGUGUCUCAGAGAUGCUAGCUGCUGACAAGAAAGAGAGGGAGGAGUUGGCAGCUUCCAAAACCAAAAAAUAUUGGUUUUGGUAGAUAUAUAUAAUCUUCUCUAGUUAAAUAUUUAAUUAAAACUCUACUUCUAGUAUGAUAUUUAUGAAAAUAUAUUCGAACUUUUGGUACUUCUAGUAUGAUAUCUAUGAAAAUAUAUUCGAACUUUUGGCGAAGUAAAUUCGUACUCCUAUUUAAAUUUUGUUUUUAUC